GUUUUUUAAUUCUAUGAUUAGCAUGGUCGUGGGCUCUUAAUUCUACCGGUAAUUUCAAUAUUUUCUGUUGUACAAAGAUUUUGUUUAGUGAAAAAAAAUAAAAGCUGUUGAUAGAGUUUAAAAAUGGGUUCUUAUGCUUCGGAACCUAAGGUUGAUAAAGAAUCCCUGGACGAAUACAAUGAUAGAUUGAAUUGUGGUGCGAGUUCCAUGCAAGGUUGGCGCGUAAGCCAAGAGGACGCUCAUAAUUGUCUGCUAGACUUUGAUACUAACUGUUCAUUUUUCGCUGUUUAUGACGGCCAUGGGGGCCACGAAGUGGCCCAGUAUUGUUCUCAAAAACUACCUGAUCAUAUCAAAAAAACUGAAGCAUACAAAGAAGGAAAUAUUGAAAAAGCACUUAUUGAAGGCUUCUUGAGCUUUGACCAAACAAUAACCACUGCAGAUGUUAUAAAAGAACUUAAAGCAAUUGCAGAAACUGAAGAAGAUGUGGAAGAUGAGGAUGAUGAAGAAGAUGUUGCACAUCUCUAUGAGGAAGCUACAAUGCCAAUAGAACAAGUAAUUGAAAAAUAUACUUCUAAUGCAUUGAAUCCAGUUGUUAAGUCUUUAAAAAAAAAUGAAAAGCCUCCAAAAAGUCCCUGCUUGAAAGGUAAAAAAAUAAAUGAUGGGGGUGAGGGUACUUCAUCUAUGAAACCCGAUGAAUCACCAAGUUCAGAAGAAGCAGGACCUUCACAUUCUACAGAUGAAAUUAAUAGUGCAGAAAAUCACACAGAAAUUUUAGGUGAUGAAGCCAAGUCUGAAGAUAAACCUGCUGAGGAUGACAGUAAAAUUCCAAAAAUCGAAAUAACUACUCCUCAAAAUACUGAAUCUAAUGGUACACAAUCGGAAGAAGAAGCAACUAAAAACGGCGAAAUAUUAAAUGAUAAAAGCGAAUCCUCUGAUAUACAAGAGAAUGGGGAAACAACUCCGAAAGGAAAGGGUAAAGCUAAAAUGAAGAGAAUCACACCAGUUCAAGUUAGGUCUAGCCCUAGAAUCAAGCUGUCUCCUAAUUCACUCUAUAAAAAGUUACUUGUUUUUGAUAAUGAUGAUGAAGAAGAGACAGAAGAUGAAGAUGAUACAACGUUUGAUGGUGGUCAAGAAAACAGUUCAGAAGAUGAGGAAAAUUCUCAAUUAGAAGAGGAAGAAGAAGAUUCUGAAGAUAGCUCAAAUGAUGAAGAAGAUUGUUUAGAUGAUGAGGAGAUGUUAGAAUUCACGAGAAAUAUGAAAGAUGAACCUGGUUCUGAUAGUGGGUGCACAGCUGUUGUAGCUAUCUUGAAAGAAAAGAAAUUAUGGGUAGCAAAUGCGGGAGAUUCUAGAUGUGUUGUUUGCCGAAACGGUAAGGCGAUUGAAAUGAGCUUUGAUCACAAACCUGAAGAUGAACCAGAAAGGGAGAGGAUAUACAAGGCUGGCGGACGUGUCACUAUGGAUGGAAGAGUGAAUAAUGGUUUAAACCUUUCCAGAGCUAUUGGAGAUCAUGCUUAUAAACAAAACGCCGAGUUGGGUCCUGAAGAACAAAUGAUAACAGCCCUUCCAGACAUAAAAAAUCUUGAUAUUGAGGAAGAUGAUGAAUUUAUAAUUUUAGCUUGUGAUGGUAUUUGGAAUUUUAUGUCCAGUCAGGAAGUGGUGGAUUUUAUAAGACCAAAAAUUAAAGAAAAUAGGCAGAAGCUAUCUAGCAUUAUUGAAGAGUUGUUUGAUCAUUGCUUGGCUCCUAACACAAUGGGAGAUGGUACAGGAUGUGACAACAUGACAGCAAUCAUAGUACAAUUUAGAAACAACCGUAAACGAUCGGCUUCACCAGAAUGUCAAGAAACUGAAUCUGUCAAGAGGGUGAAGACUGACAACAGUGUUGAACCCACAGUUUAGCGUAAAAACUCAUACUUUAAUAUUUCUUGUGAACAUAAAAUCACUCAACUUCUCGAUGAAAUUUAUAAUUGUAUAAGAGAUACUUUUUGAUAGUUACAUGAAAAUUUUUGCUACUCGAAAUAAUUGAAUAAGUAUCUCUCAUAUUAUCCAAACUUCGGUAAAGGAAAGUUGGUGUAGAGCAAGAAAAUAAUUUUGAAGUUUUUUUAUUAUCAAAACUAAAUCCAUUUUUUUAUACAUUUUAAUUGGCAUUGUGUUAAUUUUUUGGAAAUUUUUUACACCAUAGUACUGCAGGUGCCUUCAGUUAUUGAAAAAACUAUGGUGUUGAAAAUCAUUAUCACUAAUAGUAACUAGUUUGUGGUAGGUUUCCAUUUUAUGUCUCGACUGUUUUUAUUUAUUUCUUCCCAGUUACAUGUUUAUAUUUUCGUCUUCUGAACAAUAACGUUUCUGUUAAAAUACAUGUAAUAAAUUAUAAUUUUUAA